CUUUUCGAUCGCGGACCGCGCUCAGUUACGAGCGGACCUCUGACGGGAGCGGAACUUGAAAAAAGUCCCGCCCAACAGCCCAGAACAGAGAUGAUCUUCUCGCGGAUCAGGAACUUAGUGUGGGCACCCAGUGCCUUGCUGUGCUGUCUGUUGGUUGUGAGUAGUUUAUUAGUGAGCAAUGUAGACUGUGCAAAAAAGGCUGCCCCGGCCGCCUCGGACGCCACGAUCGAGGAAGUUUCGGCCAAACAGUUGGAACGGUUACUAGAGGAUAAGGAUUACGUCGCGGUGUAUUGGUACGCCCGAAGUUGUACGACAUGCGAUACAGUAUUAGCCGAACUCGAGCACAUCGACGAUGACACCGACUCGUUCGGUGUCGAUUUCGUCAAAAUCAACGACAAACGACUAGCGAAACAGUAUGGCAUCACGAAAUUCCCCGCCCUCACCUAUUUCAGAGAAAAAGAACCCAUCAUCUACGAAGGUGACCUGAUGGACGAGGCCGGCGUGCUGGACUUCCUCACGUCGCUCGAAGCAAUGGACCUGCCGGACCGGAUCGAGGAAGUCAAUGCCAAGAUCCUGUCGAAAAUCAUCGAGGACUCCGACUACGUGGCCGUCCUCUUCUGCACAAAUCACGAAAACUGUCCACCCGGAAACAACAAUGAGCCCGAAUGCAAGAAGUGCAUCAAGGCCCUCCAGGAGCUGGAAAACAUUGACGACGAAGCCGACGAACUGGACAUCGGUUUCGUCAAGAUCCACGACGAAGCCCUGGCCGAAGAGUACAACCUGGGACCACUGCCAAAGCUGGUGUACUACCGACAUCAGACUCCGAUCGUCUACGAGCAUGAACUCCAGCGGGAAGAAGAUGUGCUGGAAUGGCUCGUGGAGAACAAGGCUACCGGCGACGAGGACGACGUGAUCGAGGAGGUCAACGCCAAGACGCUCAAGACUCUGAUUGCCAACAUCGACAAUCUGGUCGUGUUGUUCUAUGAUGAAGGAGACGAAGAAUCGGAAAACGUCCUGCACGAGUUGGAGAACAUCGAUGACGACUGUGCCAAGCACGGCAUUCAGUUUGUCAAGAUCGACGACGCCAAGGUGUCCAAGGAGUACGGCAUCGAUGAUAUCCCAGCCAUCGUCUAUUUCGAGAAGGAGAUUCCCAACGUGUACGACGAUGACCUCAGCGACGAGGAGGAAAUCCUGCAGUGGCUGCUGUCGCAGCUGGAAAAGGACGAGAUCGAGGAUGUCACCGACGAGAUGCUGGACAAACUGAUCAAGGAGGGCAAAUCCGUUGCCGUUAUGUUCUAUGACAACAACGACAAGGCGUCCGACAAGAUCCUGGACGAGCUGGAAUCCAUCGACGACGAAUGCGAUCAGCUCGGUAUCAACUUCGUCAAGAUGGACGAUACCGAAGAAGCCAAGGACUACGGUGUUACCACGUUCCCAACGCUGGUGUACUUCGAGCAGGGAAUUCCAACGGUCUUCGAAGGUGACCUGGAGAACGAGGAGGAUGUGCUGGAGUGGCUCGAGCGUCAGACCAGCUCGGACGAGAUCGAGGACGUCACCGACGAGAUGUUGGACAUGAUCAUCGAAAAGAUGCCACACGUUGCCGUCCUGUUCUACGACAAGGACUCCAAGACGUCCCAGAAGGUGCUGGCCGAGUUGGAGAACAUUGACGACGAGUGCGACCAGAAUGAUAUUGCUUUUGUCAAGAUCGAUGACGACAACGAGGCUAAGGAGUGGGGUAUUGAAGAGCUACCCACUAUGAUCCUGUUCGAACGCGGCAUUCCACACAUCUAUGAAGGAGAUCUAAUGCGGGAGGAGGAGCUGUUGGGCUGGUUGGUGCACCAGAAGAGACAUUCGGAAAUUCCGGAAAUUACCGACGAAAUGAAGGACAAGCUGAUGCGCACCUACGAUCACGUCGCGAUCAUCUUCUACGACAAAGAUGACAAGCAGGAUAUCCGCGUGCUGAACGAACUGGAGAACAUCGAUGACGAGCUUGAAAAGGAAGAAAUCGUCAUUGCCCGUCUGGAUAACGCCGAGGAAGCCCGUGAGUACGGUCUGGAUCACCUUCCAGCGCUCGUCUACUUCGAGAACCAGAUUCCAGCCGUGUACGAGGGUGACCUGAUGAACGAAGAGGAAGUCCUGGAGUGGCUCAAGCUGCAAAAGUACUCGGCCACCAUUGAGGAGGUCACCGAUGAAAUUCUUCAGGAUCUGAUCGAGGAGCACGAGUACGUUUGCGUAUACUUCAGCGGAGAAUGCGAGGAAGGUGAAAAGUGCGACAAGAUUCUGGACGAUCUGGAGAACAUUGAUGACGAGCUUGAUGAGGCCGGUAUCAUCUUCGUCACCACUGAGGACAUGUCCACUGCCAAGAAGUACAACAUCAAGACGGUGCCAGCGCUAGUGUUCUUCCGUAACAAGGAUCCGCUGAUCUACACCGGUGAUUUGAACGAUGAGGACGAAGUUCUGACCUGGCUCACCGAUGAGGAAACACUGGAGAUUCCCGGAAAGAUCGAAGAAGUCAACAUCAAAAUGCUGGAGAAAAUCCUGGCCGAGAACGAGCACAUCGUUGUGUUCUUCUACCACGACGAGGACAAGAAGUCGCUCAAGAUCAUCAACGAGCUGGAGAACAUCGAUGACGAGUGCGAGGAGAAGGACAUCAACUUUGUCAAGACCUCAGACGACGACGUCGACAAGGAGUACGAUCUGGAACAGCUUCCCGCGUUGGUGUUCUACCGCCACAAGUUCCGUACCAUCUACAGCGGAGAUCUGAUGAACGAAGAUGAGAUCCUCGAGUGGGUGCUGCAGCAGCACGAGUCGAAACCAGAGGUGAUCGAAUCGGUUGAUCGCAAGACCCUGCAGGUCCUGGUCAACGAGAUUGAACAUCUGGCUGUGCUAUUCUAUGAUGAUGAUUGUGAGACGUGCCCUAAAAUUCUGGAGAAACUGGAAACCAUUGAUGACGAUACGGACAAGCACCACAUUCAGUUCGUCAAGGCCAACGAUGAGAAACUGGCACAUGAGAUCGGAAUCUUCUCGUUUCCAGCCUUGGUCUACUAUGAAACCGGUGUCCCGAUUAUGUAUGAUGGUGACCUCAUGAACGAGUUCGACGUGAUGGACUGGAUCACCGACCAAACCACCGACGAGAGUAUCGAGGAAGUGGAUCGCGACGAGCUGUUCGAGCUGAUCGACUCCAAAGACUUCCUGGCUGUAGUCUUCUACUUGGAAGAGGACGAAAACAGCCCCAAGGUGCUGCGGCACAUCGAGUUGAUCGACGACGAAGCGGCCGAGUACGGAAUCACGCUGGUCAAGUGCUCGGAUCGGUUGAUGGCCAAGAAGUACGGCUUCCGUAAUCCCCCGGGGGUGACGUACUUCCGCAAGAGCAAGGCCAUUAACUACGACGGGGACAUCGACGACGAGGAGGAACUGCUCGACUGGCUGACCAACCCGCACAACAUGGAGAUGACGGACCACAUCGAGAAGGUGAACCGCAAGAUGUUCCACAAGAUCCGACAGGCGUCCGAUUAUUUGGCCGUGUUUUUCUACAGCGAAGACUGUAAGCAAUGUCCCCGAGUGCUUGCCGAGAUCGAACACAUCGACGACGAAGCCGAUGGUGCCGGAAUCAACUUUGUCAAAAUCGACGACAAACAGAUGGCCAAGGAGUUGGGCGUCUACGCUUUGCCCGGAAUUGUGUUCUUCAAGCUGAGCUCCAAGGAUCCGGUCAUCUACGCCGGCGACCUGAACAACGAAGACGAAAUCCUCAACUGGUUGAUGACGCAGAAAAACCCCGGUGGCGACGUUAUCGAGGACCUGGAUGGAUCCAAGCUGCUCGCCCUCAUCGAAGACUCCAGCGCGUUGGCAGUGUACUUCUGGAACAAAACGACUUGCAAUAUCUGCAAUACUAAGCUCGCGCGCAAGCUCCGCAAGGCCAAAGAGCGUACUAAAGAACGUCGGGGAUUGGUCCGUCCGGAUACAUCAGCCGAAGUGCAGGAGGAAGCCGACGACGCAGAUGCAGCGAAUGGAUCGUCCUCAGAGGAUGCUGACAAUUGCGAACAGUGUUCGAGUGUUCUUGAGUCGCUGGAAAACAUCGAUGACGAUUGCGACCGACACGGAAUCAUGUUUGUCAAGACCGAUGACUUCUCGAUUGCGGAGCACUACGGAAUUACGGAUUAUCCAGUUUUGGUGUAUUUUGAGGACAAUAUUCCCAAUGUGUUUGAAGGAUCUCUGGAUGAGGAAGAAGAAGUUCUCCAAUGGCUCAUCACGCAGAAGACCGAAGACCGCAUCGAGCUCAUCACCAGAGUGAUGUUGGAGGACAUGGUUGAGGAGACUCAAUAUCUGGCCGUCUACUUCUACAAAUACCAACCACCCUCUUACUGCCGAAGUUUUUGUUCAGCUGAAAACAUGCGAAAGCGAAAGGAAAUGACUCGCGCGGGCGCAUCAGACAAGAUCAACUGCAACAUCUGCGAUCAGAUCCUCGAAGGUCUGGAAGUGAUCGACGAUGAGCUGGACGUGUUCGGUAUUCAUAUGGUCAAGAUUCAGGACCCACAGCUGGCCAAACGCUACUCCAUCAAGACUUUCCCGGCGUUGGUGUACUUCAGAAACGGAAACCCCCUGCUGUACGAAGGAGAUCUACAGAGUGAACAGUCGGUACUGGAGUGGCUCAUCGACGACGAUAACCGGGAGCUGGCCGACGAAAUCGAAGAAGUUAACGAACGCAUGUUGGACAGGCUGAUGGAGCAGUCCCCGCUGCUUUGCGUAUUCUACUAUGACGAGGAUUGUCAGGAAUGUGAGGACAUUCUUGAAGAGCUAGAGAUGAUCGACGGUGAGGUUGAUUUGUACGGCAUCGACUUCGUAAAGGUCGCCAGUUUGAACGCUGCUCACAAGUAUGGAGUUACCACCAUCCCAUCGCUGGUUUACUACAGAAAACAAAUCCCGAUGUUGUACGACGGAGACCUACAUGAUCAUCAGCGCGUCAUGAACUGGUUGACAUCCCAAGAUGUUUUCGAAAUCAAGAACGAGAUUGAGGAGGUUAACAGGAAGAUGUUGAACAAGCUGCUCGACGAGAACGAAUUUCUGGCCGUCUACUUCUUCGAAGAAGACCACGCCGAGAGUGACGCCGUCCUGGAGAAACUCGAGCUGAUCGAUGGCGAAACCGACAACUUGGACAUUCCCAUGGUCAAGAUGGGAGAUCCACGAUACGCCCGCAAGUGGGGAGUCACGAAACUGCCAGCCAUCGUGUACUUCCGCAAGCGGUUCCCCAGCAUUUACCGUGGCGACAUGUACGACGAGCAGGACGUACUGGAGUGGCUGCGGAAGAACCGCUUCCGCCAGCCCGAGCUCAACAUUCUGAUGUACGGAUGCAUCGCAACGGCGCUAGGAUUCGUCGUCUACACGGCGUUCCUGUUGCAGUGCUUCAAGCCAACGCCUCCACCACCGGUACAGCAUCCCAAGCAGAAUUAGAGCACCAUAGUGAAAAACUUCUUUUGUUUAUUUUGAACUUCACAACCAGCUCUUUGACAGAUGGAACUGUCGCAAGACAUUUUUUUAAUUCAUAGGCUAGUUUAGUAGCAAGAUAAUUUUUGAGUAAUUUGUAAUGGUAUGAUUUGUAUCAAACAGAGAAUAAAUUACUUCUCGAACAUUUAAAACAGUUUGGCAAAACCAUUUUUAUUAGAAAAUCACAUGUUUCAAGCACUCGACCGUCGAACAAAGAAUCGUUUAAUCGAGAGCACCGAAAACUCACUUUUUGUUAGUAGCUAAAACAGAUUAAUUGUAGUAGAAUUUCUCACAAUAUAGAUAGUUAAACAAAAAAAAUUGUAAAAAGAGAUAAUAAGAGGCAACGAAAACAGAAACUUGUAAAAAUUGAAACCAUGCAUUUUUAGUAGACAUACUGUACUGAUGUAAAAACAAAAGAUGCAAAAUAUUAAUCUUAAGUCGUCCUGCAACACUUGGAACUCGCCAAGUGAAAAAUCAAUCAUCAAUCGUACCAC